GAGUACACAGAGAAACCCUGUCUCAAAAAACAAGCGAACAAACAAAAAAAACAAAAGGCUGAUACGAUGGUACCUGAGGCAGUUAGAUACGGAGGCACUGGAAGGAAAUGGGUGCCUGAGCGGCUGGGAUGCAAGUCUGGGGAUGGACACAGUAAGAGGUGUAACAUACAAGUAAUGUCAGGCCAGGCAUGAUGGCAAGGUCAGCCUGGGCUACCAUAGUCACUUUGAAGACAGCCUAGGCUACGAGACCCCGUUAAAAUAAUUUUUUAAUGGGGUGAGGGUUGGGCAGUGGUGGCCCACGCCUUUUAAUCCCAGCACUCAAGAGGCAGAGACAGGCAUGGACUUCUGUGAGUUCAAGGUCAGCCUGGUGUGAAGAGCAAGUUCCAAGACAGACUACAAAGCUACAGAGAAACUCUGUCUUGAGAAGAAGGAAGAAAAGAAAAAAGUCCGUUUGGAGUUCAGGGAGGAGCCCAGGUAGGGCUCACACAGCCUGCAUGGGGAGGCAGACUCAGGGAGGGAGGCCUGCUGUCAAGUCCACAGACACCCAGCAGAUAGGAGUCCCACAUCCUCAGGCCUGCAGCCAAGCUGCCUAGUCCCUCAGGGGACCCAAGAAACAUGUGACACCAAAGCAGCCACUGGGCCUCCUGGGGAUCGGACCCCUUCGGUCACAGCAGCUGCUUCUGUUGUUGCCGGUGACAUUUCACUGGGUCCUGGCUUCAAAGUCUCCACAGGGACUGGGAAGGGGGUUGAAGUAUUGAGGCCAGUGUUGAGGAGGGAGCCAGAGUAGGGCAGCUGAGGCUACAGCAGGCAGCCAAGCGUGUUCAGGAGGCUUCAGCUGAGAUGUCCAGCAAGGCGGCCACUGGCAGUGACAUCGGACGAGCCCGCCGGGCAGUGGAGCAACUGCGGAUGGAGGCAGGCAUCAACCGCAUAAAGGUGUCCAAGGCAGCCACAGAUCUGCUGCAGUUCUGCACGGAGCAGGCCAAGACUGAUCCCUUCCUUGUGGGCAUCCCAGCUGCCACCAACCCUUUCAAGGAAAAGAAGCCCUGUGCUAUCCUAUGACCCCAUGAUAAUGCUACUACCCUAUGACCCUGAGUACUAGGGCCUCAAUAAACAUGACUGCUCCUGUGUUA